AUGAGCGUGGCUCAUAGCAGCUCUAACGCUAUUUGCCCAACCCCCUCACAGCUGCUUCGAUCUAUCCUGAUUGCACCGGAUAAUGGUGAUCCCGACAACAACAAUGCGACAUCGCAAAAUCAAACCCUUGAAGCUAUUGAUUCUAAGUGGAAGUUUGGCAGCCCUUCUAUCUUAUUGUGGUUAUCUCUCAAAGGUGUUUUCCCGUCCACAGAACGUCAUACUCGACAGAUGAUUGAGGACGUGGUCGACAUAUCUCAAUUAAGGUCACUUUUAGAGGGAAUAUCUGAAAGAACGCGAGCUUUGAAUGUUCAGGGAUUAAUGUGCACACACCUGUCAGUGGCAUCAGCACGCUGUCAAUCCAACAGCACCUAUUCUGAGAUUUAUACACUCUUGCGUGAUUUUGUUGUCAGACUUGAGCGGGCCAAUUUGCCAGUACAGCCUGGACUCCUCGAGCUCUGCAUCUACUAUGCAGCACUUGACUUGUCUCUGCCCGCCUUGCAUGAUUCCAUCCUGCAGUGGCGGAAAAGGAAUCCUGAUCAAGUGAUUCAGCACAGCCAAAUCGUUCAAGCAUUGACCAUGGCGAUCGAUGCGGCCUCAUUUGAGGACCCUGGUUAUGACACUGCCUCACUUCGUGCUGAGAUCACAGGAGAAGGAGCUGAUUUAUCAAAAAAUCCAUGCUUAUUACGAGAUGUUUUAUGCCACUCACAUUACCCGAAUCUACAAGAACUCGGUUUCCUGCUACGUCUUAUGUCGAGAAUAGGAAGCGAGAAAAUGUUGUAUGAGAUGUAUGCUAGGUUCAUAGGCAGUCUCGAUGGCAAGUAUGAAGCCUGCAGCUCUGCCUAUAGUCUGUGCGUGGCUUUGGUACGAGCUGGCCGUUCAGAAACAGCACGGGAUUUCUUAAAGUAUAUCUCGAGGAUGUCCAGUGGCAGCCUACCUCACAUCCAGUCAUUUCAUCAUUUGCAUAUUCUCAUCAACGAUUCUAUUGUUGGCGAAUCCUUUGCGAACUUGGUCAAUGGUGAGCAAUACAGGGAGUUGAUCGAUGCGGGUCUUGUCAGCAUGCAACACAGGCCGGGUCGCAGUAGGCAAACCACGGAAGAGAACAACACAUCGCAUGUCAGUGUGGGUGCAUCCCUCUGGGAAACAUUUACAAAUCAGCCCUUCAAAGUCGAUGACGAAAUCGCAGGAUAUAGCGAUAUAUCGAGUCUUUACAGGAAAAUUCAAUCCCGUGGAAUGACAAAAUCCGGCGGGGAACUCAAUCAGAUUAUUGAUUUGCUCAAUAACUAUGACGGCGAUGUCAUUGAAGUUAGUGUCCAACCUCACAUGACACCAGACGAGCUCGAUUCUAUUUCUACCAAGCUCGAAAAGGCAGCAUUUCGUUGGUGCCCUCAAAGAUCCCCCAUCGAGUUUACAAACUCCGCAGUACCAAAUUUGACCGGCGAGUCUACGAGAUGGGAUCCUGCAUCUCUGGGUUUGAUGUGGGCUCGCUCUUGGGCCCACGGGUCACCUCAGGCGGGGGCCAACACUCUCCAUCUGAUGCAAUUGGGGUAUUUGGAGAUGCGAGACAACCCGGAUGAUCCAUGGCGACCAUCCGGGUAUAUCGCAGCAUGGGACCGGCAAUUCGGCGAAAUGGUUGCCCUCUUUGUUGGGGAAUACUCUGCAGUCAUAGAUCCGGGUCUAACCCGGUCUGACCCUCCAUUUGGUGCUUUGAUGUACAUCCAGCCCUCUGAUAUGCCCCCAGCGUCUUUCUUAGACUCCGAUCGUCUUGCUCGGGGCAUCCUCAGCCGUUACUACCUGGAUGUAGACCCGAGUCCAGAUUUGGAUCCCUGGUGA